GGGGGGGGGGGGGGGGUGACUACGUUUACUACCUCUUUUCUGAUCCUGCCCUUCCCUGUAUGACAUGAGGUCAGCGCCCUGGUCCUCAGUCUGGGUUCUUCUGCCACUGAAGCAGUUCCACACUGUCUCUUACCCUCUUUGGUUGAACUGCCUUCACUGAGCUCACUUUUCCCCCCUGAAAAAGCAUCUUGGCUGCUCUCGAGGCACCGGGACAUCUGAAGACGGCGAAACCGCAGAGAAAAUGCCAACCUGAACGGUUGACGUGACCGUCGAAUGCAUUCUGGCCAAUAUGAGGGGAAAUCCAGGAUGAUGGAAGAGCAACAAUCAAUCACUGAGUCUAUCAAAUUUGAUUGUAGAGUCGGCACAAAUCAAACAUUCAGCAGCUCAAGGUAUCUGACGAUGGUGUAGAUUUUGCUUUGGACUCGAGUUCACUGGACUCCUCGCAUUUCCUGUUGGGUGAGGUUGUUGAGCCUCCUGUUGGGACAUCUUUGGACGGACGACAGCUGGAGAUGGAGUGCUGAGAACAGUGCAUGGAGGUUAAUUAAAGUUUAUAUACUUUAUUUGUGAUGGACAGGUGGGAUUAGGAAGGGUGCGGUCUAAUACUUUUCUCCCGGACGUCCAUUUUUUCAAAAAGUCCAGUAGUCGCACCCACUACAGCUGGGUUUAUGGACUCCUUCUUGGGCGUCUCUGGAGGCUCCAUGGGGUUUAUGAAGCAUGGGCUUCUUUUGAAAUGAACCAUCUAACAUAUUACUGAAAUUUAACUGUGACAUAAGGUGAUCACUUUUCAGUGAAAUAAACUGAGGACAGUAUUUUCUCUCAAUUUGUUUAUGGACGUUUUCCUACAAGUGGGUCUUUAGCGUUCUUCAGAUUCUUAAAAGCAGCUGAGACCUGAAGGUUUGUGUAAAUUGCAACACAAGGUAUAGAUUAGCAAUACCAACACGUGACAUCUUUUUGUUCAGUUCAACCUUUUAAUCUGAUGGAUUCAGAUGAAGUAACCAGCACUCGGGAUUUAAAGUCAUCUUAAGCUUUCUCCUGGAAGGUAUGAGUUCGAAAUGCUCACGCUGGCUUGGAGUCGGCAGCCAACAUGGCAAAGCCGUGCCACUGUGGCUGGUGGAGAGCCAGACAUGGAGUCCUGAUGGCAAGUAUCGCUCUCCCCGCUGGGCCAUUGCUAAGCCACAGUGUAAAACUGUGUAUAUAUAUGUAACAGUGUAAGGGAUGCCAUUAUGGCACCUUUGAGCUCUCCGGCAGGUGUGGCUUCGGAGUUCAGAUGGGAAGGUGCGGAAACGGUGCUUCGUGUUCGAAGCUAUCCGCUUAGCGUGCGUCUCAGAAAUGGAGCAUGGAACAGGAGAUGGCAGAGGGAAGGAUGAAGCGGCAAGGUCAGGAGAGGGAGGGACGACGGCCAGUUAUGAUGCAGAAAGGCUGCACUGUGGGCCUGAUGCGGACGCGGCAGCCUUGCGAGCCGGGGGAAAGGCAGCUGCUCCCCCGUUUAGGGGAGGUAUAAGUGACACCGAGGGCUGUAUCCAGACAUGGGUCAACAUCUCUCUCCUGUGGCAGCCGGCUGCUCCCUGGGGUCCCACAGCAGGAAAACCAGGCUGACUCAACCCCCUGCUGGGGAAUCCACCCUGUAGAUGGUGAAUUAGUCAUCUCUCCACAACCAUUGCUAUACACGGUACGAUGAACACUCUGCUGUAGACUGUAUGGAUUUCCAAUAUAUACACCCUGUGAGUGGUGCAAUACCUUUUGGGAUGUUUAUUGCUAUUUUUAUAUUGUAGACAGAAGGGAGAAUGUAACACAAGCAUAUGGCACUCGAGUGUAGAGUACACGCGCAUGCGGCAAACCGGCACGCUCUCCUUCGGUCAAUGUGACGUGGCCAGAUAUCAGCGGAAGGAAAUACUGUUCAGGAUGCUCCGCGUUACGUUUACAUCAUUAGAUACCUGCUCGGUCUCUCGAAUUACAGUGCAACCCAACUGGACUCGAAGCAAAAGUUAAAUUUAGCUGGAAACGAACCAUCGAGCCAAGCGUAAUCGAUAGCACGGAGGGCUGGCUCUGCAUCGGAAAUAAGAAAUCCCCAAACUGGAUACGUUUCUCGCGGAAAUUCGCCGUAGAGGAGGGCGAACCCUUCGGAAGGAAACCUUUCCCAGCUCGAAGACUUGAAGCCCUGCUGUAUGUCUCUGUAUUUCUGACAAACGGUGAAAUGUGUGGGAUUGCUUGGCUCAAGACUGAUGGCGUACAGGUUGCUGUCAAUAAAAAUGCCUCGGGGUUUCCUUUACUCUGUGUAAUCUUCCUCCCUCUUGGUUACAGCAGUGCUGAUUCUUCUCCUACCUCAGCAGGUAACCGACAGGUCCUCACGGCCGCCACUGUCCUCCUCCGUUCUUCCGCCGCAGUCGGUUGAGGGCUUACCGCCCCGUGGUCCGACGGUCCGCGGGACUAUCUCUGCAAUAACACCUUCUUUAUUGCACAGAUGGAUGCUGGGUCUGACUCCACAUCCUUCUGUUUCCGCUGCGCCUUCCUCCGCAGCGGUCCAAACCAAAUGUCGGGACCUCGCACCCGUUCCCUCUCUUUUCCCCCUAAAACCUACGACGGGAUGUGAAAUCUGUUUUUUGGAGGCUGUGAUUUUCUUGCCUUAUUUGCCUUCUUCGCUUUUGUUUCCCGCCAGUCUCGGAACAGCCCUAACGCGGUUAAAGGCCAUCGAUUUAACAUCUAUUCUCAGCCAGACCUCGCUUUGUCAUCCCCCAACACAUGACUCCCAAUGAACGACCAUUUCUCUUCUCAGGCUCUCCGGCGGCUGCUUUAAAACCCUUCUGUUUCAGUGGCUCUUCCCUCCUUUAGGACCUCGGGACGACGCACGCUCUGUUUCCCUAACUCCGGGCCGCUCCCCGGUUCAGCUGCAAACCCGAAAAAAAACUCUCCCUGCCCUCCGAAGCAACGCUGCAGGCCAUAAAGCUGUGACUGGUUGUUUUGCUCUGACCUGUCUCUCUCUCUGGCCACAGUGAUCUAGACAGAGACUUUUGGAAUAACAAUGACAGCAGUACAGUGCAGCAGAAAUGGAGCUCCUACCCACCCAAGGAGUUCGUACUAAACAUUUCUCCCUAUGCCCCUUAUGGAGAUCCUCGCCUCACGCUCAACUUCGGGGACCCCUCCCUCUCCUCCGCCUCCACCUUGGAGCACAUCCCGUCGUCGGCGGCAGCCCGACCGCGCACCCUGGUGCGGCAGCAGAGCCUCCAGCAGCCCCUCACGCACCCGCCCCCCCCCGAGCCUCAACGACCUGCCGCCCACGUCCCAGAGCCUGGGGCAGCUGCACACGAGCCAGCCGAGCGGCAGCAAUCUGAGGGGGGGCCCCCGGGGGGUCCGGGGCAGCCCGGCCGGGGGGGGCUCCUCGCGGUAUAGGGGUACUGGAGGGGGGCGCUCACGCUCCAACCCGGGCAGCUGGGACCACAUGAUGAAUCAGAUCCGCAACAGGGGCCUGGAUGUCAAGUCCUUCCUCGAAGGGAAGAUGGUCGUUCUAUCUCUGGCAAUUGGGCUAGCUGAGCAGGACGACUUUGCCAACAUCCCUGACCUGCAGGAGGUGCCGGCUGCCCACAACACCCCCCCUGACAAGAGGGCUGGGGGCAACAGGCCUGGCAACAGUCCCAAAGGCCAGGCCCCCAAUGAGGCCGACCGCCGCACUGACGGCCACUCGUCCGUGUCCGACCUCGCCAACUCCCUGACAAGCGAGAUGCUCAUGCUGUCUCCUGGAUCAGAGGAGGACGACCACGAGGGCCCGGUUAGCGAGAAACUGGGUCGCAUCCAGUUCAGCGUCGGCUACAGUUUCCAGGACUCCACCCUCACCGUCAAGAUCCUGAAGGGGCAGGAUCUACCUGCCAAAGACUUCUCCGGCACUUCCGACCCCUUUGUCAAGAUCUACCUGCUGCCCGACAAAAAGCACAAGCUGGAAACCAAGGUGAAGAGAAAGAACCUCAACCCACAUUGGAACGAGACCUUCCUCUUUGAAGGGUUUCCAUACGAGAAGGUGGUCCAGCGGACGCUCUACCUGCAGGUGUUGGACUACGAUCGUUUCAGCCGAAAUGACCCCAUUGGAGAAGUGUCCAUCCCCCUCAACAAAGUGGACCUGGCCCACAUGCAGACCUUUUGGAAGGAACUGAAGCCCUGCAGUGACGGCAGUGGGAACCGUGGAGACCUGCUUGUUUCCCUGUGCUACAACCCCACAGCCAACACCAUCACUGUUGGCAUCAUCAAGGCACGCAACCUCAAAGCCAUGGACAUCGGGGGCACCUCAGAUCCCUAUGUCAAAGUGUGGCUGAUGCACAAGGACAAGCGCGUGGAGAAGAAGAAGACUGUGGUCAUGAAGCGCUGCCUGAAUCCCGUGUUCAACGAGUCCUUCCCCUUUGACGUGCCUGCCCAUGUUCUUAGAGAAACCACCAUCAUCAUUACCGUCAUGGACAAGGACAGGCUGAGUCGCAAUGACGUCAUAGGCAAGAUCUACCUGUCCUGGAAGAGUGGACCAGCAGAGGUCAAGCACUGGAAGGAUAUGAUAGCACACCCACGUUCCGCUGUGGCUCAGUGGCAUUCCCUCAAGGCCUGAAUGCCGGCACCCCGAGGCACCCUUUCUUCCCCAAAGUCUCUCCUUUGCCUUUCCCUCUUUGCUCCAACCCUGUCCUUAUGCACAAGACUGACUCGCUGCCAGGCAAAACACGGGUACAAUUAGCCAUCCUCCAGACUCUCUGGUCCCUUCAUUUUUCACUCUGCCCCCCUUUCCCAACACACGCAUGUGUCCCCCACCGCAUCUCCGACAAAAUUGGUCUUUUUCAUCGUCCCCAGGUCUCCCAUGGCCACUGGUUUUACUGUUUCUGGUUGUCUGAAUGUCAGUCUGUCCUUUUGCUAUAGUGCAUAUAAAGAUGCCCCCCCCCCCCCACCCCGCCCUUUUGUACACUGUUCCCUGCAGGAUGUCUUGUUCCUUACCCAACAGGCCCUUCCAAUAAUAUCCUUUGUAACGGCCUGAAGUCGUGCAGUUAAUUGCUUUAAACAAACAUGAUCUUAAAAGCAAACGGAGAUGUCCUGCAGGACUAUAUUAAUUUUGCGUGUUAAUAGCAAGGCUUCGCUUCCUGAAGCCUGCCAGUCUAUCUGCUGCCCUACCUCACCCUCCAUCGCUCCACCCCCAACCUGUGUGUCCCUCACCCUUCCCUCUAUCUAAGUAGGGGGGGGGGGGGGGUCCCAUACAACCUGUCCCCUUGUUUACUCUUAUUCUUAGAUCCUGGGCUCUCUCUGCUUUCCCCCAAACAAACAGCAAGUGAUGGAGAUGCAUCAUGAAGUUGGCACAAAAAACCCCGAACCACAAAUGGCACCAAUGACUGAUUUGGAGACGAAAGGCUGGGACAUGGGACAUAGAACACAGAACAAAGACCUGAUGCUCCCGUCUCCCCUCGCUCUCUCUUUCUGUCUCCCUGUUCCUGGCACAGUUAAUGGUGACUUUUCCCUCUCUGGAUCUCUUGUUGUCUGUGUGUGCCGUAGGUGCUGUGCGUAACUCCGACAAAGUAGAAUUUCAAAAAAAAAAAAGAAAAAGAGGAGAAAAAAAAAAACUGAGCAAACUGAACUGGAACGAAGCGAAAUGGAAAGACCUCCGCGGUACAGGACAUUCGGGGCCGUCCCACGGCGAACGCCCAGAAGAAUCCUGCGAGGAAAACAAAAAAAAAGAAGGGAGUGAAAAACAACACAAAUGACCAAAUGUUGUUUUUUUUUUCCUUGUUAAGAAUAUUGAGAACUAAUCAAAGUGUUCUUCCAGACUUCAGUGAGAAACUAGAUGCAAAAAGCCCAUUUUUUAGCCACACUGUGUGUGUAUGUGUGGGGGCUUCUGUGGUUCGUGCUGCCGUGUGUUCUUGUGUCCUCCUUGCUUACGGCCGGGGGGCUUCGCUCCUGCAAGGAUCCCGUAGCUGUCGAGACCCCUCUGAACCCUCUCCGAAACCCGCGCCGAGGAGCGCGCGUGCGCAUGCCCAUGCGAGUGUGUGCGUGCGUAUUCGUUGCAGUGUGUACACAUUACCGCAGCGUUCGUCCCCCCCGUCUCUUUCCCCGUCCUUUUAUGCUCUGUCCGUCCUCUCCUUCCUGUCACUCAACAUCGCAUCUCGUGUCAUACUUCUUCGCUUUUUCUCCGACUGACUCAACGAAACCCCCUCACGGUGAGAGGUGAGGGUCUGGGGUUGAGUUUGAGCUGCACUUUUUUGAAGAAAAUUAAUAGUAAUAAUAACAACGAUGCUGAAAUACUAUUGUUAGACAACGUCGAGGGAGGGCGUCGCAGACGGCCAGCAUCCCUGCGGAGGCUGAGUCUGCUUGGGCGGGCGACCCCGGGUUCAAAUCCCCUUGCUCCGACGGGCAGCUGUUGGACUGAUGUGGGCGUGCGCCGAGCCAGGAGCAGAGACAGCCAGGGCGGAGGGACGGCAGGGCGAGGACUCGCCGGCAGACCUCGGCUAUGAUAGACCGUGCGUGGUUCCGCAAAGCUGGCCGGGCGGCGCUCUUCAUAACCGUGAAGGAUUUGUGACUCUGCGUUUAAGGGGUCAGCGGAGUGAAGCACUUUGGGCUUGAAGGCUCUGCGUUCAUUUUUGGCGGUUGUCCACAGGACAGGCGCGUUGAACAUUUCACCCGUUCCUUCUCAUUUUGCACCUGUCCAGUUUUGGGUCAUAUCGCAAAGACAAAAUGUGCAUGUCGAGGUUUGAAAUAUCGUUUAACGGAUGGGAACUCGACGCAGACGUGUAUCGCUCACGGCUUUGACAAUUACAUUUCCCGCGGUGUGAUGUACAACCUGGGGAAAAAACUCAAUCCUCCGCCAGCCGAGUCAGGUGCACGACUGCGUGCGGGACAUGUCACCAGGAGACAGCUCUUUCCGUAAAGAUAUUUAAUGUUCAUUUAUGUUUUAUCCAUCCAUCCGUCCAUCUUCAUGCACUGCUUAUCCUGAUCAGGGUCGCAGUGGUCUGGAGCCUAACCCUGGAAUUAGUGGCUGCAAGACUAACCGGGGGGGGGGGGGGGGCAUCACAGAGCAUUGUUUACAUUUUAAUUUAUCACAAUUUGGUUUUAUUUAAUUUCUCUUGCAUGUUGAAAAAAAAAAAAUCAAUUGCACACUUGCAGCACUUUGUCAGCCAUAACAUGCGUGACGUUUUCAUUGCGUAGUAAUGCUAACAACAUUUCCUUGGAAGGAAUCACCCAAAAUAGCAAGAUACGGAGGAGACUUCGCUCCAUUUCUGUAAAUCUGGUGCUUUCUCGGCAGAAAAGGAUUCCGACGCGAAAAUGCAGGCGACGCAGCGAUGUCACCUGGUUCUUUUGCUAUGAUGGCGGUCGCUGUUUUGCAUCAAAUAUCCUAAUGUUUUACCUGAAUUCGUUGUCCACCUGUCCGUUGUAUUGCAUUGGGUCAGUAUUCUAUGUCUCCGACUGCGAAAACGUAAGCAAAUUACCUGUCCCGGGCAGUCGGACAGCCGUUAAUGCCGAGUCCUGCUUUAAAAUACGGCGCGCCGUGGUAAAAGCCUUGCGAGAGAGCCGCACCGCCAGGCCGUGUAAUUACACCGCUGCGGACGGGGCAACUGUCGGCGCCGUCGCUUUACAGGGGUCACCUUAACUAUGUGGUUCAGUUAUGGCGCCGUUGGCUUCGAAAGGGUAUUGCAACGAUAUUGCUUUGACGGGCCAGGGCGGUUGAACUGCGCUGCGGAGGAUCUCCUGCCGCUUUAGAGAAAAACCUGGAGUUGCCCACAUCUGAUCGUACGGCUGAAAAUACUACGCGUGUGACAUGGCUCUUAUGUAAUAGCAGUGCAUUUGGGGAGAGGACAGCGUGACAGACGGAACCUGACAGGGCUGGAGGGCAGGGGGGGUGUAGUUGUGGUCUUCCUAGCGCGGGAGGGCAUGAAUCAGGGCAGAGCGGCUCCACGGAAAAGCAGCGCCGAGAUGCUCCUGUCUCCGGCAGAUCGAUAUCUCCUUCUUUAUGGGCUUCUGCUGGCAGCCCAGCAAGUGGGAGCACUCAGCAGAACAGAAUGGUUCUUAAGCCCAAAUAACCACUUUGAAACGGCUUCUUUUGAGCCACUUAACGCAUUGUUGUCCUGUCCAAAAACAGCGUGUCGGUGCCCUCAAAGACACAUCUUAGCCGCACGUAAGCAGCUGGGUCGCGAAGCCCGGUAGCGCUGGGUGGCGGCUGGGGCAAAAGAAGUCACGGUGUCUCCGUCUCGCCGGCGGCAGAUGGGGCCGACGCUCCGUUCGGCAGAGGUGUAAAUGCCAGACGCUCUGGAAAUCGCCGCUGGCAAAGCAGCCCUGCGGUCACAGCGCAAGCCGAGUAGAUCCCUUCUUAAUUCCUUGCCCCGGGAGAACAGUUAUUUGCAGCUUGUCCUCGGUCCUCAGCAAAGGAGAAGGGCGAGACUGUGUCGCCACGUCGGAGCGCAGCUGGCCCAGGUGGUGUGUUUAAGAAUCGCUCUUUCCCGGCCUCGUUAGCUAAUCCUUCCAGGGCUACGUGCUCCGUAACCCGAACCGC